UCCACUUCGCGAGUUGAACGAAAACAAUUGCAACUAGCGCAGUAACAGCCCAGCACUUGUAAAAGAAGAUAGUUUUCACCCAAUUUAUAUUGAUUUAGUGUGUGUCACAAUUAAUACAAAAAAUACUCAGUGCAGUUCUUUCUGUGGGAACAACGACAACAAUUGUUGCUCCCUCUGGGGCCAAGUGUUUCCACAUCGUCUACCACCUUGUGCGUGUGUUCGUGUGUGUAUUGUGUGCUAGUGUGGAUCAGCAAAAAAUGGCCAGUGAAUGUUACACAGCUGCACAAACAUGAACUCGAGUUAGACCAACCAGAUAUAGCAUCUGUUUUUGGGAGCAGACGUAUAUACUAAGUAUAACGCGUUUAAUUUCGGGGCGCAGCGGCCACAGCUGCUGCUCAGUUACGCUGCGUGUAAACAAAACAAAAGUCAAGAAGUGAAGCAGCGUGAUCCAAAUUAACAACAGCAACAGCACUAACAACAACAACACUUAUCACAAUGACCAGUCGCAGUCGAGCUAUAUUAAAUGUUAAUCUCGAUACGGUCAUGGCCAACGAUCCGUUGCGUGAGCUUUUCGAGGCCUGUAAAACAGGUGAAAUAGCCAAAGUGAAGAAGCUGAUAACGCCACAAACGGUUAAUGCACGCGACACAGCGGGGCGUAAAUCGACGCCAUUGCACUUUGCAGCGGGUUAUGGCCGACGCGAGGUAGUUGAGUUUCUGCUGAACAGCGGCGCUUCCAUACAGGCCUGCGAUGAGGGUGGACUGCAUCCGCUGCACAAUUGCUGCUCCUUCGGACAUGCGGAGGUGGUGCGCCUGCUGCUGAAGGCCGGCGCCAGCCCGAACACCACCGACAACUGGAACUAUACGCCGCUGCACGAGGCGGCCAGCAAGGGCAAAGUGGAUGUGUGCUUGGCACUGCUGCAGCAUGGCGCCAAUCAUACCAUACGCAAUUCGGAGCAAAAGACUCCGCUGGAACUGGCCGACGAUGCCACACGGCCAGUGCUAACGGGCGAGUAUCGCAAGGAUGAGCUACUCGAGGCGGCACGCUCAGGUGCUGAGGAUCGUCUGCUCGCACUGCUGACACCGCUCAAUGUCAAUUGUCAUGCGAGCGAUGGACGUCGCUCGACGCCGCUGCAUCUGGCCGCGGGCUACAAUCGCAUUGGCAUUGUCGAGAUACUCCUGGCCAAUGGUGCCGAUGUGCAUGCCAAGGAUAAGGGCGGACUGGUGCCGCUACACAAUGCCUGCUCCUACGGCCACUUCGAUGUUACCAAGCUACUCAUCCAGGCGGGCGCCAAUGUCAAUGCCAACGAUCUGUGGGCAUUCACACCGCUGCACGAGGCCGCUUCCAAGAGCCGCGUGGAGGUGUGCAGCCUGCUGCUAAGUCGCGGUGCCGAUCCAACGCUCCUCAACUGCCACAACAAAUCGGCCAUUGAUGCGGCCCCAACGCGCGAGUUACGCGAUCGUAUUGCCUUUGAAUAUAAAGGACACUGUCUGCUUGACGCAUGCCGCAAAUGCGAUUUGUCGCGUGUAAAGAAGCUGGUGUGUGCCGAAAUUAUUAACUUUGUGCAUCCGUACACAGGAGACACGCCGCUGCAUCUGGCUGCCGUUUGUCAGGAUGCGAAACGCAAACAGCUGGUGGAGCUGCUGACACGCAAGGGAUCGCUGCUCAAUGAGAAAAACAAGGCAUUCCUCACGCCUUUGCAUCUGGCCUCGGAGCUGAUGCACUACGAUGCGAUGGAGGCGCUGCUAAAGCAGGGCGCCAAGGUGAACGCUCUGGACAGCCUGGGCCAGACGGCGCUGCACCGUUGUGCACGCGAUGAGCAGGCAGUGCGUUUGCUUCUUUCCUAUGCGGUGGACACAAACAUUGUGUCGCUGGAAGGUCUGACAGCGUCACAGCUGGCCUCGGACAGCGUGCUGAAGCUGCUCAAGAAUCCGCCAGACAGCGAGUCCCAUCUGCUAGAGGCAGCCAAGGCAGGCGACUUGGAUGCAGUGCGUCGCAUUGUGUUGAACAAUCCUCAUACGGUCAACUGCAGAGAUCUGGAUGGACGCCACUCAACGCCGUUGCAUUUUGCCGCUGGGUUUAAUCGCGUUCCAGUCGUGCAAUUCCUGCUGGAGCAUGGCGCUGAGGUCUAUGCUGCAGACAAAGGUGGACUUGUUCCACUGCACAAUGCCUGCUCGUACGGCCACUACGAAGUCACCGAGCUGCUCGUCAAGCACGGCGCCAAUGUCAAUGUCUCCGAUUUGUGGAAGUUCACGCCGCUGCACGAGGCAGCCGCCAAGGGCAAAUAUGAUAUAUGCAAGCUGCUGCUAAAACAUGGUGCAGAUCCUAUGAAAAAAAAUCGUGACGGUGCCACGCCCGCUGAUCUCGUCAAGGACUCAGAUCACGAUGUGGCGGAGCUCCUGCGCGGACCUUCAGCCCUGCUAGAUGCGGCCAAAAAGGGGAAUUUGGCACGAGUGCAGCGACUCGUUACAACGGAGACGAUCAAUUGCCGGGAUUUGAAUGGUCGAAACUCCACGCCGCUGCAUCUGGCCGCGGGCUACAACAAUUUUGAGUGCGCCGAAUAUCUGCUGGAGCAUGGCGCAGAUGUCAAUGCCCAGGAUAAGGGCGGACUCAUACCCCUACACAAUGCCAGCUCCUAUGGCCAUUUGGAUAUUGCUGCUCUACUCAUCAAGCACAAAACGGUGGUCAAUGCCACAGAUAAAUGGGGUUUUACGCCGCUGCACGAGGCCGCGCAGAAGGGACGCACGCAGCUAUGUUCGUUGCUCUUGGCCCAUGGCGCCGAUGCCUACAUGAAGAACCAGGAAGGGCAAACACCCAUAGAACUGGCCACAGCCGAUGACGUCAAAUGUCUGCUGCAGGAUGCCAUGGCCACUUCACUCAGUCAGCAAGCGCUCAAUGCUUCUACGCAAUCCCUGGGAAGCACUUCACCGGCACCAGAUGCAGCAUUAGCUGCCAACUCAGCUGCAGCUGCAUCGUCUGCAAUACCAUGUGCUGCAUCUUCAUCGGCAGCUGCUUUGCUCUCACCCACCACGGAGAUAGUUUUACUGCCCUCGGGCGCUUCCAUGACGCUCAGUGUGCCAGUGCCAUUGCCUCUGAAUAGCUGUGCGACACGACUCAGUCCGGCUCAAGGCGCUGAAGCGAAUGGCGCGGAGAACUCGGGCAGUGAAGAACUCUUGUCCGAUCCGGAGUCAAUAACAAAUGUAUCCGGUUUCUUGAGCAGCCAGCAGCUGCAUCAUCUGAUCGAGCUGUUUGAACGCGAACAAAUCACGCUGGAUAUACUGGCCGAAAUGGGUCAUGAUGAUCUCAAGCAAGUGGGCGUGUCUGCCUACGGUUUCCGACACAAGAUACUCAAGGGCAUUGCCCAACUGCGAGCAACAACGGGCAUUGGCAACAAUGUUAAUCUGUGCACGCUGCUGGUGGAUCUUUUGCCGGAUGACAAGGAGUUCAUCGCUGUCGAGGAGGAGAUGCAAGCCACCAUUCGCGAGCAUCGGGACAAUGGACAAGCUGGCGGUUAUUUCAUACGCUAUCACAUAGUUAGGGUCCAAAAGGUACAGAAUCGUAAGUUGUGGGAACGUUAUGCGCAUCGACGUCAGGAGAUUGCCGAGGAAAACUUUUUACAGUCAAAUGAGCGCAUGCUCUUCCAUGGCAGCCCCUUCAUAAAUGCCAUUGUGCAGCGCGGCUUUGAUGAGCGACACGCCUACAUAGGCGGCAUGUUUGGUGCGGGCAUUUAUUUUGCCGAGCAUAGCUCGAAGAGCAAUCAAUACGUCUAUGGCAUAGGCGGCGGCAUCGGCUGUCCAUCGCACAAGGACAAGUCGUGCUAUGCAUGUCCCAGACAAUUGCUGCUGUGUCGUGUUGCCUUGGGCAAAUCCUUUUUGCAAUACAGCGCCAUGAAGAUGGCACACGCACCGCCCGGCCAUCACUCGGUGGUUGGGCGUCCGUCGGCAGGCGGCCUACACUUUGCUGAAUACGUUGUCUAUCGUGGCGAACAAUCUUAUCCAGAGUACUUGAUAACCUAUCAAAUUGUGAAGCCCGAUGAUAGCGGCGUGGAGGAAACAAGAUGAUGGAUGCCCUCGGUUGGCU